AUGUCGGUACAGUGUGUAUGUAUUCUUUUUGCAGAUGUUAAAGGGUUUACCAACCUCUCCACAACCUUGUCCGCCCAGGAGCUGGUCCGGAUGCUCAACGAGCUCUUUGCCAGAUUUGAUCGACUGGCCCAUGAGCAUCAUUGCCUUCGCAUUAAAAUCCUGGGGGACUGUUACUACUGUGUUUCAGGGCUUCCUGAGCCCCGCCAGGACCACGCCCACUGCUGCGUUGAAAUGGGCCUCAGCAUGAUCAAAACUAUCAGGUAUGUGAGGUCAAGGACGAAGCAUGAUGUGGACAUGCGGAUUGGAAUCCACUCGGGCUCAGUGCUGUGUGGGGUGUUGGGCCUGCGGAAGUGGCAGUUUGAUGUCUGGUCCUGGGAUGUGGACAUUGCAAACAAACUCGAAUCUGGAGGAAUCCCUGG